AUGUCGGGUUACCAAGGAAAGAAGAACAUCCCUAAAAUUACAAGCGAUCGUCUUCUUAUCAAAGGAGCAAAAAUAGUAAAUGAUGAUCAGUCAUUUUUGGCUGACAUUUAUAUGGAAGAUGGGGUUAUCAAGCAAAUUGGAGACAACCUCAUUGUCCCUGGGGGUGUCAAAACGAUUGAGGCUCAUGGGAGGAUGGUGAUGCCCGGAGGUAUUGAUGUGCACACCCGACUUCAGAUGCCUGACCGAGGCAUGGUUUCAGCGGAUGACUUUUACCAGGGCACACGUGCUGCUCUUGCUGGAGGCACCACCAUGAUCAUUGACCACGUGGUUCCAGAGCCUGGCUCAAGUUUGUUGUCAGCGUUUAACCAGUGGAGGGAAUGGGCCGACAGCAAGUCCUGCUGUGACUACUCUCUGCACGUGGACCUCACUGAUUGGAACAAGGGGACCCAGGAGGAGAUGGAGACCUUAGUGAAGGAUCAUGGUGUCAACUCUUUCCUCGUCUAUUUGGCUUAUAAGGAUGUUUUUCAACUUUCUGACUCACAGAUAUAUGAAGUAUUCAGUGUCAUCAGAGACUUGGGAGCCAUAGCACAGGUGCAUGCUGAGAAUGGAGACAUCAUUGCUGAGGAGCAAAAACGUAUUAUGGAACUUGGAAUCACUGGUCCUGAAGGUCAUGUUCUCAGUCGUCCUGAGGAGGUGGAGGCUGAGGCAGUGAACCGCUCCGUCACUAUCGCUAAUCAGACCAACUGUCCUCUCUAUGUCACCAAGGUGAUGAGUAAGAGUGCUGCUGAUGUCAUUGCCCUGGCUAGAAAAAAGGGUGCUGUGGUUUAUGGUGAGCCUAUAUCUGCCAGCUUGGCUACAGAUGGAACCCAUUACUGGAGCAAGAACUGGGCAAAGGCAGCUGCCUUUGUCACCUCUCCUCCACUGAGCCCUGAUCCCACUACACCUGAUUAUCUCAACUCUCUCCUGUCAUGUGGGGAUCUGCAAGUGACUGGCAGUGCUCAUUGCACUUUCCAUACUUCUCAGCGUGCAAUAGGCAAAGAUAAUUUUACUCUUAUUCCUGAAGGAACCAAUGGUGUAGAGGAGAGAAUGUCCCUGAUCUGGGAAAAAUGUGUGGCGACUGGGAAAAUGGAUGAGAACCAAUUUGUGGCAGUGACCAGCACGAAUGCAGCAAAGAUACUUAACAUUUAUCCACGUAAAGGCCGCAUUGCUGUUGGAUCUGAUGCAGACCUUGUGCUCUGGGAUCCAGAUGUCACCAAGAUUAUUUCAGCCAAGACUCACAACCUGUCAGUGGAAUACAACAUCUUUGAAGGCACAGAGGUGCGUGGAGCUCCAUUGGUUGUAAUCAGCCAGGGAAAAAUUGUUCUGGAGGAUGGAACACUUCAUGCGAUUGAGGGCAGUGGCCGCUACAUAAGCCGGAAACCUUUUCCUGAUCAAGUGUACAAAAGGAUAAAAGCUCGCAGCAGGCUGACAGAGUUGCGGGGAGUCCCUAGGGGCCAGUAUGACGGCCCUGUGUGUGAGGUUACUAUAACUCCCAAAGUGGCUGUCGUUUCAUCUGUGAAAACACCAUCCACUAAACAAGAAGAACAACCACAGCUCACCCACCAGCCUGUACGCAACCUCCACCAGUCUGGCUUCAGUUUGUCUGGUGCCCAAAUUGAUGACAAUGUUCCUCGCCGUAACACUUCACGCGUUGUGGCGCCCCCUGGAGGAAAGGCCAACAUCACCAGCCUCGGUUAA